GCCGCCAACGAGAACUACCUAGUUGCCAGGGGGCAUACGAGAUGUCCAAGAUUAAUCAAUGCUAUUGGUGCAUUCUUUCUCCCCCUUGGUCGCAACGACGACUCGCCAUCAUUCACACAUUCACAAUCUUUGCAUUUCAUCAAAAUAUUGCUAGAUUAAUAUCGACCUACACAAUUACGAUCGCUAGUUUUAUUUUUGCUACACCACAUUCACUUGCUGCAGUUUUGAGAUAGCUGAUAACCAUUCCAUUGUGUUCGCGGGCAUUCCUCGCGCCCAACAACAUUCGACUUCCAACCUCCUCAGAAUAUCUCUAAGUACGUCGAACGACAACAAUAUAAUUCACGAUGGGCUUUGGGGACUUUUACUCGAUCUGCGAACAAGCAGCGCUUCCAUUAUGUGCAGAGGUCGGAGCGAUAACAACAAUCGCGGGAAGUCAUGGCAUUGAGGCAAAUUGUUAUUCGCGCAAUAUUGAGUUGGCCAACACGAUCAUAUUUCAAGGAGCCGCAAGCUUCGUACACAUCCUCGCGUUAAUUAUGACGGUUAUUAUGAUAUUGCACGUCAGGAGUAAAUUUACUGCUGUUGGCCGAAAAGAAAUCACAACUUUCUUCUACAUAUAUAUGCUCCUCACAUUCUUUACAUUACUUCUUGAUGCUGGUGUUAUUCCACCUGGGACUGGACCAUACCCAUACUUCUCGGCUGUACAAAAUGGUCUCACAUCUGCCCUUACUGUCUGUUUAUUGAUUAAUGGAUUUGUUGGAUUCCAAUUAUAUGAAGAUGGAACACGAAUUUCAGUUUGGCUCCUUCGCUCAAUCAGUGCCGCCAUGUUCAUCCUUACGUUCCUCGUUUCCCUCGCUACCUAUAUGUCCUGGGCAGGACUUGGACCCACUCGAACUAUUGGACUCUUCGUUGUGCUAUACCUACUAUCUGCUAUUGAGUUAGCUAUUUACGGUAUUAUGCAAGUAAUUCUUGUUGUGAACACUCUCCAGGAUCGUUGGCCAUUGGGUGAACUCUCUUUUGCCUUCUUCUUCUUCGUCGCGGGACAAGUUGUUCUUUACGCUUUCAGUACCAGCAUUUGCAAUGCUAUCAGCCACUAUUUGGAUGGAUUAUUCUUCGCUUCAAUCGCCAAUCUUCUCGCAGUGAUGAUGAUUUACAAGUACUGGGACUCUAUCACUAAAGACGAUCUUGAAUUUUCAGUUGGUAUCAAGCAGAACAACUGGGAAGUCAAGGACCUUCUCGAAGAUGACCGAAGAACCACUGUGUAUCAAGACAUGGACUAUCAACACAGUCCCGGUCACCAACCUCGAAACUCGAAUUAUGGCGGCUUUAACUACUGAAAAGCCAUAUUGUAAAGCUAGGAAGUAAUCGAAAACCGAAUGUAAUGGUGGAAGUACAGAUGGGGGGUGAUAUGGCAUGAGAUAAGAAUACCAGGGCUCAUAUUGCAUUUUAUUGCAUCACGCGAGCAGAAACUGAAAGGCUGGAGAGGUUUUGAAAUUUGGCCGGGCGUUUAAUUGGAUUGGGCGUUUUUGUAUGAAUCCAUGGGUCUCUUGUAGAUAGCAAGGGCUGUUCUAAUCGUCUUCUUGGUCAACAAAAUGACAUGGCAUGUAAAAUGAGCGGAAGGGGGCGGUUGUUAGUUUUGGGAUUGAAGAGGAAGCGUUGUGGUUUUUGAAGGGAUUGGGAGGAGAAGAAGUUGGAUAUGCUUUGGAGGGGGCAGGGGGAGAUGUAUAUCGAUUGGAAAUGGGAGAGAAUGGUAGCGACGAAACUGAGAUAGGGUAGGGGGUAGGAAGGGUCACGAUAAUAGCUUGUAAAGCGACAUACAAAUAUGAUAUAUG